AUGCCCGUGCUCUUGAAGUGUACGAUGAAACUGGCAAUGGCGUGUUUUUCAAUGUCCAGUGCAAGCUGCCUGCCAGAAGCGAUCCCGCCCAGCCAGCGGAAAGACCUACAAAGCGACGCCGGCGUGUUUCCACUUGGUAUCAUGGUGCUAAGACCUGACCAAUGGGACAGCAGGGCGGUGGGAAUUCUUGCCGAAGAGGUCCUCGGCUUAAACGUGUGGAUGAAUGAAGAGUUCACGGUUGAUCAGGCGUUUGGCCAGCCUGAGCCCUUGUACCUCGUUGCCGGAUGCGAGCAGAAUCUGACGGAAUCCGCAAGCUGGCGCUGCGGAGGCAAGUCCCCCAGAACGCACGCCGCAGUGGGCGCAUACUUGCAGCUGGAAAGCCAGGAGGCUGUACUGGCGGAGGUGCAAAGGCUGAGGGUUGGUGGAAUCUUGGACGUAUGGAACAAGGAGGGAUAUGAGACCUAUGAAGGCCUGACAGUCUCCCAACGAUUGGCAGAUUUGGUUCUUGAGGUGGAAGGCUUGUCGUUGGAUUACUAUCGCUCUUUUCAUGUCCGCCACAGAGCGACGUACUUGCCGUAUUUUCACAAGAUUCACGAUAUCAAUGAGUCAGAUUUGGUGCCGUGUGCUGGGUGGAGCACCUUCUUUCCACAACGACUCGAAGCGUAUCUGCAGAUUACAGGAGAUACAGAUGGCGUUACAGUUGAGGCCAGUGGGACCCACAUCCAGCCACGAUGCCACGAAAGCAGAUGGUGGCUGGCCCCCACAUGCCGUGAGAAUUCCAGCGAAUGCGUUCCGUGUCUCUUGUACGACUACUUCAGCUUUCCAUGGUACCUUGAAGAAGUGAUGCAGAAGGCAACAAUAUGGGAAAUGCCUUUGGCCAUUGGGGCAGCAUUGGCCGACUUCCUGAACAAAGACACUCCCUUCUUCCGUCUGCCCCUGACGCAUGACGUGGUCUUCAUCAACUUACACCCAGACCUAAACAACUACUUUCCAAUACCUUCGAGGCACAUCUCGUUUCCAAGCCACAGUAGCAGAGAAUGGGCGGCAGGAGAAGCAUCCAGCAUGCACGAACCCGUCAAACUCUCAACGCUUGGGCACAAAGAUCUCGCACAAUGGGCACCUGAUUUCCAAAAGUUCCUCCAACAGGUGGACUUUGCGCAAGAGGACUUUGUGUCCAUUAACAUCCGGAUGCGCAGCCGCGUGGAGCAGGGCCAGGCUACGUGGCACUCGUUGGCUUGCGAGUGGAUCCAGAACAACACAAACGUGUGGACUUCGUGGGUUCCUGACAUCACGAGCUGCUUUCCUGGCCAGGGCUUGUUUGGCAACGGGACCUUUGUUUCUUCUCGAAGUAAUGCCACCACAUGUCGAUCCUGUCAACCGGGAAGUUAUUCAGCGCCGUUUUUUGAUAUCUCAGACACUGCCCAAUGUCAACCUUGCUCACCCGGCUCGUGGCAGAGCUCCUUUGGGGCUGUGACGUGCAGCCCAUGUUCCCCAGGUAAGUUUGCCAACCAGUUUGGGUCCACCUUGUGUGACGACUGUGCGCAGGGCCGAUACCAACCCUUGGAAGCCGCUACAUUCUGCGAGGUUUGUGGAGAUAGGAAGACAACAAGCAUCCGCGGUGCCAUCGAGCAGAACGAAUGCAGCUGCGAGCCUGGCUCCUUUCGGAACUCUUCUGGCUGUGAGCCGUGUUCCGUGGGGCUUUGGUGCCAGGGAGGCGACCUACCACCUCGCCAAGAGGAUGGCUUCUGGGUGGAAGUCGGCUCUUCUGGACCUUUAUCAGUUUUCCGAUGCCAGGAUGCCAGGCACUGUCCAGAAGGUGGUCUGGGAACAUGCGCGAGCGAGCGUGUCGGUCGAGCUUGUGCUGUGUGCCGCCUUGGGUACUGGGCAGGUCCUGAUGAAGGCUGCCGACCGUGUGAGACUGUGCCGACGCUGUAUUUGCUCAUUGUGGCAGCGAUAGUCGCUUCUGUCAGCUUGGCGCCCUUCCUGGCAUGUGCUUCGUUCAGCAGCUUCAGUGCCAGGAGGAAUCUUCUGAGUGUUGCGAUAGUUGCGACUAUGGCCGGUCAGACGGCCGUUGCGAUGCAAGCACUGCAAGCAAUCGGCGAGCUGGACAUUGAAUGGACACCCCCUGUCAAGGUGUUUAUUCAAUUCCUUUCCAUGGUUUUCGACGGCUUCCAAACCGGUGUGACGUGCUUCGUUGAGGGGGCAUCAUUCACAACAUCGUCCUUUGUCUUGCAGCUCUUGGCAUUUCCUGCCUUUGUCGUGGUGUCCAGCUUGCCCGCAGCGGCUUUCAGAGUCGUGAGAGGCGUCAACGUAUUUCGGAGUCUCUUGAACACCUACGGUGUGAUCCUUGUGGCACUUUUGACAGCGAUCUCGAUUGCUGUCGUCAUGCCAUUGAAGUGCAGGAUGAACCCGAAUCUCAUCUACACUCUGGAAGCCCACCCACAGGUGAUUUGCUGGCACACACAUGAGCACGGGACCUUAGUGCUACUGUCGGUCAUCGGAAUCCUGGCAUAUCCGGCGACGACUCUCUGCACAUUGCUGUGGGUUACGUACAAGUAUCCUCGCUGGCUUCGCUCUGACAGAGGAGUUGAAACCUUGCAAAGUGUUCACUUCUUGUUUGGACGCUUCCGGCCAGAGAGAUAUCAAUUCUGCCUGCUCUUUACGGUCCUGAACUUCCUCAUCGCCAUUGUACCGGUCUGCUUGCCAGUAGCGCCACAGAUUGCCGCCAUGUGCGUGCUUCUGUGGGUCAAGCAAGUGCUGCAUUGUUUGUGGUGGCCUUGGAGAUUCGACGCAGUCAACUGGAGUGAGCUGCUGCUGUCUGGCUGCAUUUUGCUUUUCUUCAGCUUGGCCACGCCCUUGCUGGAGUUGAAGGAGGACAAGGGCGCUGCUACCCAGCUCUCGAUUUCUAUGACAAUCGCGUUUUUUGGCGUGCCAGUGUGCUUUGUCGGCGCCGCCGUGUGCGCGGUCUUGUCCAAGCGGAGUCGAUCAAACAGGUACACGCUGUUCCUGUCUCAUCACAAGGGGUCCGCGAGUUAUCUUUGUCGGUAUAUCAAGGUGGUGACUGAAAAGUUGGCGCCGGACUUUCGUGUCUUUUACGACGCAGAUAACCUUCGUGAUUUGGAUUCGCUGUUUGGCAUUGUGAAGAACGACACGGACUCCUUUUUGGCAGUGCUAAGUAGCAACGUCUUCAGCAGUUUCUGGUGCACUGCUGAAAUGGCAGUAGCAAUGGCAAACAAUGUUCCAAUGCUCGUGCUAUCUUGCGACGACCUUCCGUGUGUUGACGAUGACUUCAUGGAUCUGACUGCAAGCCGCUGGCCCGAAGAGCAGCUUCUUCAGUUGCACAGCAAUGGGUUGUCGUUGGAGGACAUCAAGGAGGCCGUGGCUCAUGUGCUGAAGCUUCCACACGUACCGCUCCUUCGCACCUUCAGCGCCUUGAAGCAGGAGGCCGCCAUCAUCAAGAUCCUGCAGAAUGUCAGCGGAUGUCCAGUGCUCAGGGAAGCCUCUCAGGGCUCUGUGGCAAGGGCUCGACUGCUGGUGUGUGGAGGUGCUGGGCCAGAAUCGGUCUCCUCCAUGCUUAUCAUGCAGCAGAUUCUGCAAAUCAAGCUUCAUUGUCCUGUCUACACAGUUCGGCAUGCGGAAGAAGUCAAGCAGGCGAAGAAUGCCACGCAGAUGGUGAUUGUCCUUACUCAAGGGCUCCUUGCCGAAGAGGAGUUUGCCGAGCUGGUCCUUUCGACAGAAAUGGAGAGCUGGAGAAAAGUGGUUGUCAAUGACGGUUCCUUCGAUUUCCCUACGUCCAAUUUCUAUAGUGGCCUACAGAAUCCAGAGCUUUCGACUAUUUACAAGAAGCUCUGUAGCUCUUUGGCGCUCCCGUACACGCCGCAGCUCUCUGAAACACUCCUUCAGCAGCAGAUGGAGCAUAUUUGCCGAAGGCUUGCGGAACAUGAGCAGCCUGGAGAAGACAGCUCAACUAUGCCAUCAUGGUCGUGGACUUUGACAAGUCGGACGUUGACAAGUCCGUCAUCACCCUCUGACGACAACGUCGCCGCCGCCGAAGUCGCCGCCAACGACGUCGACGCUAAGGACGGCGGUGACGCAGCCAACGCUGGUCUUGAGGAGGUGAUUUUCUGA